AUGUUGCAGUCAGUGCGAUCCAGACUGGUGCUGAUGGAGUCGCGCAGCGUCGAGUAUGUGGCUUUGGUGGGGUCUUUUCUGCUGGUAGGACUCGAGGCCAUCAUCCGCGUCCUGACCUUGGCUCUACCCUCGCCGCUCAUCUCGCUCUUCUAUGUGGCUUCCCGUCGACUGUUUAACCGAUUCUCGACGCCGGCGCAUAAACGCGCGGAACAGCGCAAGAAGUCCAUCUCGACCAAUGUGAGGGACGCCUCCGACUUUGUUGAUCUCUGCCGGUUAUACGGAUACGAGGCCGAGGAGCACGUCACGCAGACCAAGGAUGGCUUCCUGCUGGGUCUCCACCGCCUGGCUUGGAGGAAAGGCGAGGAGGGCCAAAGGAUCAACUGCGGCCCAGGCAGCGUGCAGAAGAAGGUCGUAUAUCUGCAUCACGGGCUUCUCAUGAACUCGGAGGUCUGGCUCGGCAACAACCGCGGUAACAAGUACUCGAAGAAGUCGGUUUCUCACUCGCCCAAGUCUCUCGAGUUCUGGAAUUUCUCCAUUGACGAGUUCGCCUUCCAUGACAUUCCCGACAGCAUCGCUUACAUCCUCGAGGCCACCGGCCAGGAGAGUUUGUCAUACAUUGGCUUCUCCCAGGGAACCGCUCAGGCUUUUGCUACCUUGGCCAUCCACCCCAAGCUGAACCAGCAGGUCAACGUUUUCAUCGCCUUGGCACCAGCAAUGUCUCCUGCUGGUCUUUCCAACGGUAUCGUAGACGCACUAGUCAAGGCGUCGCCGCAAGUUCUGUUUCUCCUCUUCGGUCGUCGAUCGAUUCUCAGCUCCGCCACCAUGUGGCAGUCCAUUCUUUACCCGCCGAUUUUCGUUCGAGUAAUCGACGUCGGUCUUUCCUUUUUGUUCAACUGGCAGACGAAGAACAUCUCUCUCAGCCAGAAACUCGCUGCUUACCCCCAUCUAUACUCGUUCACCAGCACAAAGAGUGUGGUCCACUGGUUUCAGAUCAUCCGCAACAAGUCCUUCCAGAUGUACGACGACGACGUCCACCCUCCCGUGUCCAUCAGCUCGUCCAGCAAGUAUACCAAGGUCGCCAAGUACCCGACUCGCAACAUCAAGACCCCGAUUGUGCUCGUCUACGGCGGCAGCGACUCCCUCGUCGACAUCAAGGUCAUGCUCAAAGAACUUCCGAGUCAGACUGUAGCUACCGAGAUCCCCCACUACGAGCACCUCGACUUCCUUUGGGGCCGCGACGUCGAUGCUCAGGUCUUCCCGCACGUCUUCGACGCUCUCGACAGUUUCACCGACGCACUUCACUCGAAGGAGGAAUACGCCCGCUACCAGCUCGCAAGACAGGAGAGCCUCCUCGGCUCCGGCAACGCGUACCGCCACGCCCAUAAAGAUAGCGACGUCUCCGCCAGCGACACGUCGAACGCGGUGGAUGAGAUCCAGCCCAGAAACGGUACGGACAGCCCGCUUUCAUACAAGUCUCGAGACCGACCGUCCGGGAUCCCCUCGCCUUUCGGGACGACCCGCACGAAUAGCAAUAUGAGAACUCCGUACUCGCAGGUCGCCGCUAACGACGACGAUGUACCUUCUUCACCAGACAGACCUGACAGCCGCGCUACGAACCCCGACGACAAGGAGGACGGCAGCUUACUGAAGCCCACCCGCGAGUCGCCGACGGCGAAGCUCAAGGGCAUCGGCGUGAGGAGGGGCAGCGGAGGCAGCAGCCUGAGCUUGGAUAGCAUGCGCGAGGGCAAGGGGAUCAGUUUGGGCACGAGCAAGGCCCUCGGGGGCGUCGUGACGAAGAGCGGGAUCGAUGCCAAGGGGCUGGGUAAUGCGGGUGUGGAGGAGGUCAAGGGCGGGAAGAAGAAAAAGCGCGUCACCGUGGCGCCGUAG